AUAGCGAUCGGAGUUUAGUUAGAGGGACAGGAGGGCAAGAAGCUGUUCUGCUGCUUGAUUAAAGACUUAUUUAUGAAUUAUUUUUAAACCUAAGUGGAUUUUUUUGUCUUUGUUAUUUAACUGCUUUUUUAUUCUUCAAACUGGAGGAAAGUGGCUGUUUGCGUAAAAAGCGCUCAUCUGAUCCAUUUUACGCACGGGGUUUUUUGGUGGAAUUUAUGCAAUUCUUCACCUUCACCUUCACCUUUACGCAACUUCUGAUGGACACUGACAGCUGGGWUUAACUUUCAAUAAGAACUUUAAACUACAGAGAAAAGAGAGCGGAGUUUCUUUUUUUAUUUUUUUUUUAAAUCGCAAUAAGAAAAUUGGCGCACUUGAGCUGAUUGGAGCGUCAGAAACCGCUCGGAGAGGCGCUGAUUUCUGUUCAUGUCUCAACCCAGGAGCGUGUCCCCCCGUGCUGGCUGCUUGGCGGUGACAGUCAUGGACAACGGGCCUGUGCUCAGAAGGCGGACCGGUGCUCUCCCACAUGUGCUGCUGGCGGCCGUCUACCUGCUCUGCGGCUCCCAGCUUCUGCUGGUGGACGCAAACUCGUGGUGGUCUUUGGGUCUGACCCCGAUCCAGCGACCUGAAAUGUACAUUAUAGGAGCCCAGCCUCUCUGCAGUCAGCUGUCCGGUCUUUCCCAGAGUCAGAGGAAGCUGUGCCAGCUGUACCAGGAUCACAUGACCUACAUCGGAGACGGAGCCAAAACGGGCAUCAAGGAGUGCCAGUACCAGUUCAGACAGAGGAGGUGGAACUGCAGCACGGUGGAUAACACAUCUGUGUUUGGACGGGUCAUGCACAUCGGCUCCAGGGAAGCAGCGUUCACCUACGCCAUCAGCGCAGCCGGCGUGGUCAACGCCAUCAGCCGGGCGUGCCGCGAAGGCGAGCUGUCCACCUGCGGCUGCAGCCGUGCCGUUCGGCCCCGCGAGCUGCCGCGCGAUUGGCUGUGGGGCGGCUGCGGCGACAACGUCCACUACGGCUACAGGUUUGCCCGUGAGUUUGUUGACGCCAGGGARAGGGAGAAGAAUUACCCGCGAGGGUCGCAGGAGCACGCACGGACACUGAUGAACCUGCACAAUAAUGAAGCAGGGAGGCAGGCGGUCUACAAACUUGCUGAUGUGUCCUGUAAGUGUCACGGAGUCUCYGGCUCCUGCAGCCUGAAAACCUGUUGGCUCCAGCUGGCUGACUUCAGGCGGGUGGGAGAGUUCCUCAAAGAGAAGUACGACAGCGCCGCAGCCAUGAGGAUCAGUCGCAAGGGAAAGCUGGAGCUCGUAGACAAGCGCUUCAACAACCCGACGCCCGAGGACGUGGUCUACAUCGACCCGAGCCCGGACUACUGCCUCCGGAACGAGACCACGGGCUCGCUGGGCACGCACGGGCGGCUCUGCAACAAAACGUCGGAGGGCAUGGACGGCUGCGAGCUGAUGUGCUGCGGCCGGGGCUACGACCAGUUCAAGACCUACAAGCACGAGCGCUGCCACUGCAAGUUCCACUGGUGCUGCUACGUCAAGUGCAAGCGCUGCACGUCGCUCGUGGACCAGUUCGUGUGCAAAUAGCACGCAGUAGAGGGCAACGACGGAGGGGGAUUAUUCUGGGUUUGGCUCAGGAUGCGACAAGCUGGAUGUUGUCAAUUCUUCAUGAAAAGACGUCCCAAAAAG